AUGCUGGCAAACCCGUGUGUUUACCGUAGUAUGUCACAGACCAUUAUCAAUCUGCCUUUUCGAUUUAUGCGAUAUAAUGCGGUCACUAAACGACUCGACCCUCCGUAUUUGUCUGCGAAACCACCCAUCCCGAUUUACACGGAAAUUCAGUUUGACCUAAAGUGCUUUGAUUUCGCAAUUUUGGAACAAUACGUAAAAUAUUUACGCAAGUUUUUCACCAAAUUGAAUCUUGAAGUGGAGAAGUUGAAAGCUAUCCACUUACCCGUCAUAAUGGAUGUCUUGUAUCAAAAUUUACCCGAAGGUGUCGAAUUAACCGUUGGGAAGACGGAUCCAAACGCAGAUGAAGCACGUUAUGUGCCGCAACUGGAGGUUCAAGCGCUGCAGGAGGAAUUAUCCAAGUUAAGCAAAUAA